AUGGCUGAUUUCCUAGAUUUACAUAUAGAAAAUAAAGAUGGCCAAUUAUUUACUACAGUAUUUCAAAAACCAUCCUAUGAGCCAUAUUAUUUACCAUUUAAUAGUGUUCAUCCAAUACAUAUGAAAAAGAAUAUUAUUUUUACAAUGUUACUUCGUGCUUUAAGAUAUUGCUCAACUUUUCAAGAAUAUUUAAAUGAGCGAGAAAAGCUACGAAUGGCAUUAGUAUUAAAUAAGUAUCCAAAUAAAUUUAUUGAUAAGCAAUUUGAACAUGUUCUUUUAAAAUGUAAUAUUGAUCAGUUGUUAAAUGUUAAUAAUUAUGAAUUAAUUCGUCAAAAAAUUAUAGAUUCUCCUAUAAAAGAAAAGAUGCCAGUAGAUUAUGGUAAGGUAAUGUUUGUUCAUUUCACUUAUUGUUUAAGUAUGAAAACAUUUCCAAAAAAAUUCCAUGCCCUUUGGCAUAAAUAUUUUGGUGAAUCUCCAAUUAAUGAAAUCUUACCUGUUCUUGGUACACGUAAUGUUAAAAAUUUACAAAGACAAUUAAUUCAUACAAGACAAAUUAAAUAA